ACUAAUUUUGAACCAUGACCUGCACUGCACAUAAAUAACUAAUAUUGUCAUUAUAUUCAUGAUGUUAUUCAGAGGGGCACUGGCUCUCACAGUGAGUCUGGUUUCUCUCAAGGUUAUUUUUCUCCAUUAAUCAACAUCUUCUGGAGUUUUGUGUUCCUUGCCACAGUCGCCUUCAGCUUGCACACUGGGGUUAUAAAUACAGUUAUUAUUUAAUUAUAAUGACUUGACUUGCCUGCCCUCCGAAGUCACAUUAUGUCCAUGUGAAUAACCUUUAGAAAUAUGAUUCCAGUUUUUAGGUUGUUAUUUGAUACCUUGGAAAUACUCUUCCAUUAUGUAUUUGUGCCAUUUAAAAAAAAUCUUCUUAAUGUCUUGCAGGAUGUCUCGUCUUUUCUCUCUGAUCUUUCUGCUUGUGAUACACAUUCUUGUCUAUAGCAGGAAUGUGUUGUAAUCGCAGCUUGUAGUUUUACACACACACACACACACACACACACACACACACACACACACACACACACACACACACACACACACACACACACACAAUCUGUUUUCUGUUUCUCAGGAAUUUGUUACCAACCUUGGAAAGUGGAGUAUUCAAAUCUGAACAAAUGUGCUCUCAAGGGAUCAACAACAUUUCUAUCUGGCAGUUAUACAUAUCCAAAUACUCUCACUGUGACAGAAACAUUUUGGACUAUAAAUCCAGAGAAAAGCAUUGAACAAACCAAUCUGUUUGAUGAUCCACAUAACAACAGCAGGAUUGAGUAAAUACUGGGUAAAACCAAACCUUUAGUCUCAAACUGAGUAAUGUAGCAGAUGAGGAUGAAGGCAUGUACUGCUUCAGAAUCCUGACAAACGUUGAACAUCAAAGAUAUCUGGGUAUGCCUGGGAUCAAGCUCAAAGUGACAGAGCUCAGAGUGGAGAUUCCUCAAGAGGUCAUAGAGGGAAAUUCAGCAGUUUUGUUUUGUAAGACCACCUGCAGCUUCACAGACAGGACCAAAUAUACCUGGUUCAGAAACAGAAAGUUUUUCUCAGAAUCAUUCAGGACAAAUGAACUCUUGCUGCAGUCAGUCAGCAGUGAUGAUACAGGAAAAUACAGCUGUGCAGUGACACAUGAACAACAUCUCCAAUCUCCUACUGUCACUCUCACUGUCAGAUAUCCCCCAAAGAAAACCUCAGUGUCCAUCAGUGGAUCUGGUGAAAUAAUUUUGGGUAAUUCAGUGACUCUGACCUGCAGCUGUGAUUCAAACCCACCUGCUUGGAUUUACACCUGGUUUCAGGAGAAUGAAACAUCAGCUAUUGGAUCUGGACAGAGUUUCAGCAUCUCCAGCUUUAAUUCCAGUCACAGUGGACAGUUUUACUGUUUAGCUCAGAAUAAAAAUGGAUCUCAGAGAUCAGCUGCUGUAUUUGUCACAGUUACAGGUAAAAACAAUGGUUGAAAGUCAAUGGCUGGGUUUCCCGAUAACAUUGUGACUUAAGCUUUUACGAUCAUCUUAACUAACGUCGCUUGUUAUUUUAUGAUGGAGUAACACCUGUUUCACAAACCAGCACGUAGAUCGCUCGUUAUAUAGUAGAACUUAAGUGCUUCGUUACGGGAGUCGUCCAGUCCAAAGGUGCUGAUCACUUUGGCCAGUAUGUCCAGGUGUUUGUCUUCUCAAAAUGAAAAUAAGGUGGAAAUACUGACAAACAUGAAAGUUGUUUGUAAGCCGAAAUGUAUUAACUAACUAUUACAGAAUUUAAUUAAAGAAAUAAUGAUGGCGUUUCAGAUGUAUUGAUGCUCAAUCAUAGAGGUUAAUGAAAGUGACGCAAUAAAUGCAUGUAACGUGAAUGUACGCAAUGUGAAUCUUAAGGGGCUGUCACGUAGCCUAAAGUUUUUUUUUUGCUGGAAACUGAACAAAUGCACAGAGAACAGGAUUAAAAUGAUGGGCAUCAGUAUUGAACUACUCACAGACCUGUCUAAAUAUUAAUAUAUCAUCUGGUUAGAGUUCAAUGUGUACUUGUCGCCUUACUGCCACUAUGCAUUAUGCAAAUUGUUACUGCCUCGUAAAAAGACUAUAGGCGAGCUGAUUUGAACCAGCCAUCGGAGGAAGGAAGAAGAGGAGGAGGAAGAGAGAGAGAGAGAAUCUCUCAUUGCACACUCUCACUCUAAUCUCCUCUGUUAACCAUAUUUAAAUGAUUUAUUAAGGCAUAUUUAUUUAAGUUUCAUACUGCGUAGUCACAUUACUCAUAUGUCUUCUUAAAUAAUCUGUUUAAUAAGAACAUAUCGUAUUUCUUUUGCCAUUACAUUAUGCUUAUCAAAGAAGGCUAAUAUAAUGUUAUACUGUAUUACGUGUCAUGUAAAUUUAGACCUAUCACUGCGGAGACUGCCUAUUGAUUUUCACAGAAGUGAGGCUCAGAAACAGAAAGUGACAGGACACCUAGAAAGGGGAAAACCACAACAAACUGGCACAAGACAGAGCGCACAGGGAGAUUAAAAAGAGAGCAAAUGAGGAGGGUAAUGAGGGAGACCAGGCGAGACAAAUAAACUAAUAAUCAGGCAAACAAGGGGACGAGGUUUGCACUCUAUAAAGAAUAGCCAGGAGAGCACAUGGCAAGAGAACCAAAACAAAAGUCAUGUGGUCAACACAAACACAAGAGGCAAGACAUGGUCAGGAUUCUGACACAAAGAACUAUAAACAAAGCUGACUGUUGUGACAGGAUCCUGACAUUAGUACUUAUAAAAUGAAAACAAGUACAGGUAUGACAGAUAAAGAUUUUUUCAGCAUGAUGCCACGCACAAAUAUCCCUACUAAUUUUAUAUUGGCACAAAACACCAAUAUAAAUUACAGUACACAUCCACGUCAAAAAGCAUUAGUGACAGUGAAAGCUUAUUUUAAUCUAAUACAAACAAGUACACUGAUGAGCCAAAAUAUUAUGACCACCUGCCUAAUAUGCUGUUGGUCCCCCUCGUACCACCAAAACAGCUCUGACCCAUUGAGGCAUGGACUCUACAAGACCCCUGAAGGUGUCCUGUGGUAUCUGACACCAAGACAUUAGCAGCAGAUCCUUCAAGUCCUGUAAGUUGCGAGGUGGAGCCGUCAUGGAUCAGACUUGUUGGUCCAGCACAUCCCACAGAUGCUCAAUCGGAUUGAGAUCUGGGGUAUUUGUAGGCCAGGGCAACACCUUGAACUCUUCAACAUGUUCCUCAAACCAUUCCCGAACAAUGUGCGCAGUGUGGCAGGGCGCAUUAUCCUGCUGAAGGAGGCCAAUGCCAUUAGGGAAUACCAUUGCCACGAAGGAGUGUAACAAUGUUUAGGUAGGUGGCACGUGUCAAACUGACGUCCACAUGAAUGGCCAGAUCCAGAGUUUCCCAGUAGAACAUUGCCCAGAGCAUCACACUCCCUCCACCGGCUUGUUGUCUUCCCACAGUGCAUCCUGGUGCCCUUACUUUCUCAGGUAAACGGCACACAUAUACACAGCAAUCCACGUGAUGUAAAAAAAAAAAAAAAAACGGGACUCAUCGGACCAGGCGACCCUCUUCCAAUGCUCCAAGGUCCAGUUCCGACGCUCGCGUGCCCAUUGUAGGUGCUUUCGAUGAUGGACAGGGGUCAUCAUGGGCACUCUGACCGGUCUGCUGCUACGCAGCCCCAUACGCAGCAGGAUGCGAUGCACUGUGUGUUGUGUCAAAUUCCUCCCAUAAUCAUCAUUAAAAUAUUCUGUAACUUGUGCCACAGUAGACCUUCUGUCGGUUCGGACCAGAUGGGAAAGCUUCGUUGCCCUUGCGCAUCGAUGAGCCUUGGGCACCCAACACCCUGUCACCGGUUUGUGGUUUGUCCCUCCUCGGACCACUGUCAGUAGGUACUCACCACUGCUGACCGGGAGCACCCCACAAGCCUUGCGGUUUCAGAGAUGCUCUAACCCAGUCGUCAAUUCGGCCCUUGUCAAAGACACUCAGGUCUUUCUUUACUCCUGCCCAUUUCUCCCGCAUUCAACAUGUUGACUACGAGAACUGAUUGUUCACUUACCAUCUAAUCUACCCAGACUUUAACUUGUGGCCUUGUUAGGAGAUGAUCAACAUUAUUCGCUUCACCUGUGAGUGGUCAUAAUGUUUUGGCUCAUCAGUGUACAUCAAUAACACCUCAAAUCAAUGGCAUACAAUGCCCCAAAUGUAGAGAUGCCACUGGCUGUAAAACAAAAUGCUUACCACAUACCUUAUGUUACUCAUACAUCCAAAACGUCCAUUAUAAAAACCGAUAGGAAAUUCCAAAAUAGAACCCAUGGCAAAUUAGCCUUCCGGUGGCUGAACAGUUUUAUAGACUAGACAAGUGUUGCUCAAAGAUGAGUCACAUUUGCACACAAUGUCAGAAUAUGCUAAAACAUAACUGAUGUCUUUUAACCUUACCUAAUGCUUCACUUCAUCUUCCACACUUCCAUUUACAGUACAUACCUUGAGAUGAACUACUGUGUGCUCAGUAUACUCCUAAACACCUUUUGUAAUUGAGAGAAGUUUCAGACCAGUCGUCUUCUCAGUCUUGAGUCUGAAGUCUUUUGCCUUUACAGAGUAGAAGCAGAACAAAGGCAAGAUAAAGCUAAUCACAUUCUCUCAGGUUUAGAUUUAAGAAAUUUACAGGCAAAGAAGUUACCAGUUUAUGGACGAUAUCUAAAGUGAUUUUUCGAGACUUUCAAAAAUCUUACACUGGAAAUCU